GAGAGAAGUUGUGUUUCACUGAAGUCGCUCCGACGGAAACCACCAUUAAUGUUCCGCUUUCCGGUUUCGGCUGCACAGGAAAAGUAAAAAGUUUGAUAAGAAGUGGUGAGAUAUAAAAAUGGACUCAGGUGAUUCUAAAAAAGAUGGACCUACAACUAGGAGAAGCGCCAGACAGUCACUCAAGCAAGCUUUAAGCUUUGAGAAGCUUAAACCCAGACCCCCAAUAAAAAGAACGCGGAAAAUGAGGGAAGAUGCUGAAGAUGCAGCCAGAGCUGUCAGUGGAUCCAAGGAGCCCAAGAGUCUUGCUGAGGAUGAUGAUGAAUCCCCUGUUAAGAAGCAAAAGCCUGAAGACGAGACAAGGGGUAUAAAUGAGAAAGGUGAUGGAUUAAACCAAACUGAUAAAGCCGAUGUGGAGAUGGUUGAGAAUGAAGACCAGGAUCAAGAAAUGAAAUCAGAUGAGGUGGCCGAGGAGGACCAGGAGUCCAGUUUGAAAGCCCAGCCUGUAACAGAAGAAAUGCAUUCUGCCUAUAUUUUGAAAGACAAUAUGGAAAGUAAGGAAUUGCUGGGCAGUCAAAGGUCUAUUCAUCCAAAGACUGUGGAAACUGAGAGUCCCAAACCCAAAUCAGAAAAUUACAGACCAGUCACAGGAGGUUAUGGAGAUCCCUCUGGUUUGGAUGCUGUUCCAUUGGGAAAUCAACAAGAAACUUCUAGAUUGAGAAAUAGGAAUAACAUAAACUAUCAGAGACUAUCCAUAACAGAGAAACCCAAAAAUUCCCCUGGUCUUGUGAAUUGGAAUAGAUACCCACCAUCUGAACCCCAGAAGAGUUACAUCCGCCCAAUAACUAAACAUCACAUCACAAACCAAACCACUAAUCACAAAAACGCAGAAAUGAAGAUUUUGCAGAAAUCAGUCAUCUCAAAAGCAAGCCCAGCCUCCUCCUCUAAAGGCUGGAUGUGGUACAUUUGUAAGCUUCUUUGGUGGUCUCUGAUACUGAUUGUAUUGCUGGCUUUGGGCGUUUUAGUUUUUUUGGCCUUUCAGAAGUUCUUGUACUUCCAUUUGCCUCAAACUGACAUUGCCCACCCUAACACACUGGAGAAAUUUGAUCUGGAGUUAGCAGCUCUACAAGAUCUUUUUCCCAGUCAGCACUCUGAGCUCUGGAAGAGGAGUGAGAAGCAUCUUAAGAACCACCUGAAGACGAUCAACCCCACUGAACCGGUCAGCGUAAUUCUGACUGCUGGCCUUCAGGCUGAAAAGACGUUGGGCUGCCUUGCUCGACGCUUAGCCACAGCAUAUUCCGCUACCCUUAAUGCUUCAAUCUUAGAAAUCGAAGGGGCCACCAAAAGAGCACAAGACAGUGACCAGGUCAAGCUGUACAUUGAUGAAGAACUUAUUAAAGCGUUUGAAGGUGAUAAACGUGCAGUUGUUGUGCACCGUUUUGAAGAGCUCCCUCCUGGAUCUACGCUUAUAUUCUAUCGUUACUGUGACCAUGAAAAUGCAUCUCACAAGAAGGUUUUCCUGGUCUUUACUGUGAUGCUUUCGAGGGAUAAAAUAGACUCGAAGACCAGUCUAAAAGAAGUGGAGGACAUGGUAUAUGACUAUAUAAAACAGAAGUUUGUCAUCUCCGAUAAAUCCACUAGGUUUAAUCAAAUGGAUGUGGAUAAACUGAGCGGACUGUGGAGCAGAAUUUCUCACCUCAUCCUGCCAGUGGCGGCAGUGGAGAAAAUUGAACAGCAGGGCUGUGAGGCAUAACCUUACAGAAAAUCAUAAGAUUGCAUCACUGUAUUGGGCUGGAUAAGUCUUUUUGUAAAGUUUUGAGUUAAACUGGCCCAGUUCAUGGAUGUGUGGACCACAUAAAUGUACAUAGAGGAUGUUUUUUUCCAAAGAGUUUUUAAAAAAAUGUGUUUAUAAAUGUUUUAUACAAAUGGUUUUGUAUUCGCUUACAUUUUGGUUCUUUGUUUCCUAUGAUAAUAUGUGUGUGAAGGCAGACACUUGAUCAUAUAAUAAUAAUAAUAAUAAUAAUAAUAAUGAUUAUAGUAAUGCAUUUGCCAUUAUAUAGUAAGCUUUUGGCUUAAAAUAAAAAUAUGCUAAAUUAAUUGUUGUACAUUCAUUCCCAAGGCCAGGUAUAGUAAUGACUGAAGUUUUGCACUGAUUUUUGAAGUUAAACUCUGAAUUGUAAGCUGGGCUCUUCUUACCAAUCAAAAGUUAGUUUGGGCUUGGUGUUCUAUAUUUGCGAUUAUAAUAAUUAAAGUGAGUCUAUAUUU